AUGGAGUUCCCGGAGCACGGCGGGCGCCUGCUGGGCCGCCUGAGGCGGCAGCGCGAGCUGGGCUUCCUGUGCGACUGCACCGUGCUCGUGGGCGCCGCGCGCUUCCCGGCCCACCGCGCCGUGCUGGCCGCCUGCAGCGUCUACUUCCACCUCCUGUACCGGGACGCGCCCGCGGGCGGCGGCCACACGGUGCGGCUCAGCGGCGACAUCGUCACGGCGCCCGCCUUCCGCCGCCUGCUGGACUUCAUGUACGAGGGCCGCCUGGACCUGCGCAGCCUGCCCGUGGGCGACGUGCUGGCGGCCGCGCGCUACCUGCACAUGAGCGAGGUGGUCAGGGUCUGCAAGGGCCGGCUCGGGGACAAGGACCCCGGGCUGCCCCGGCCCCCCGGCCCCGGCCCGGCGCCGCCCGCGCAGGCCCCGUGCCCACCGCCUGCCUGGACCCCUGACCUCUGCCCUGCUGCCGGGAAGGCCCAGCGCCCCCAGGCCGGGGUCCAGGCCACCCUCCCUCCAGGAGCACCGAAGCUUCCGCCGCAGCAGCCCCCCCAGUCAGACGGGGCCCUAGACCUGUCCCUGAAGCCUGGCCCCAGGCCCGACCCAGUCGGCCGGUCACCCUCCUGCAGCCAGACGCAGCAGGGGCCCCGGCCACUCGUGAAGAGCGAGCGGGACCCCAGGGCGGGCCCGGAGGACAGCGCCCCGCGGAGCCCCCUGCGGCCACCCUGUGAUCCUGCCGCCCAGCGCCCGGCAGGGUGCCCAGAGCCGGCGCCGGCCAGCAGAGUGGGCACCGGGGCGCCGGUGCUGGACGCAGAGCCAGGGGCGAGGGCGGGCGCGCAGGGCCCCGGGGGGCCCCUCUGCCUCUGCCCGCUGUGCAGCAAGCUGUUCCCCAGCGCCCGGCUGCUGCAGCUGCACCUCAGCGCCCACUUCCGGGAGCGGGAGGGCACACGGGCCCCCCUCUCGCCCGCCGGCACCGUGCCCACCUGCCCGCUCUGCGGCAAGACCUUCUCCUGCACCUACACGCUGCGGCGGCACGAGCGCACGCACUCGGGGGAGAAGCCCUACGCGUGCGCCCGCUGCGGCAAGAGCUUCCAGUACGCCCACAACCUGAGCCGCCACGCCGUGGUGCACACACGGGAGAAGCCGCACGCCUGCCGCUGGUGCCCGCGCCGCUUCACACAGUCGGGGGACCUCUACCGCCACGUCCGCAAGUUCCACUGCGGGUUGGUCAGGGCCCUGCUGCUGUGACCCCGGCGGGGGACGCGCCAGGACGGAGGCGCUGCC